AUGUCAUCAAAAAGGGCGUUUGAAGAGAUACAUCAAGAUCAAGCGCACUCCCUCCCUGUGGCUUCGCAAGUUGCAACUGCGACGCCUCUGCUCGGUAUCAAUGAAUCACAAGAGAAGAUAUUCAAGAAACUCAAAAGGCCGAAUGGAACCGAAGAGCCGUCUGAAUUUGAAAAGGAGUUGCUUGAUAUGACACAAGCAGCGCAAGAGGCUGGUACUGAUGAAGAUCAAAAUUGGUCUAGACCCCUGCUUCCAGCCAAUUUCGACCCCAAUAAGGAAGAUGUUUCUUUUCAACAAUUAGACGGUGAGGAGUACAAUGAACACGAUGCCACUUAUGCCAGAUUUUUUGGAGUCACACAAGAAGGGUACUCGGUCCUUUGUAAUGUGACUGGUUUUAUCCAUUACUUUUAUUCGCCCGUUCCCAAAGGAUUUGUCAAAGACCACCAUUUGAUGCAAUUUACCAGUUAUUUGAAAGCAAACUACGAUGGGGUUGUUGAGGUGCAAGUUCAUACAAAAGAGUCCAUAUGGGGCUACAACAAUAAUAUCAAAACACCUUUCUUCAAGAUAUAUGCCAAUAACAACAGAAACAUAACCAGAUUGAGAGGUGCUUUUGAAAAAGCAGAAAUUCGGUUUGAAGACUUGUUUCCCAUCCAGCAAAGUGUAACUUAUGACAACAUCAACUAUCUUUUGAGAUUGAUGAUUGAUUGUAACAUUACAGGAAUGUCAUGGAUCACAUUACCUAAAACCAAGUAUAAAUUAAGGAGUUCCAAGAUUUCUUCUUGCCAAAUAGAAUGUUCGAUAGACUAUAAAGAUUUGAUUGCUCAUCAGUCCGAAAAAGAGUGGUUGAAAAUGGCUCCCUUGCGUAUCUUGUCGUUUGAUAUAGAGUGUGCUGGCAGAAAGGGUAUAUUUCCAGAAGCAGAACAUGAUCCAGUCAUUCAAAUUGCAAAUGUGGUCCUGAAGUUGGGAGACUCGAAACCAUUUGUGAGGAAUGUUUUCACGGUCAAUACAUGCGCCUCCAUUAUUGGUUCACAGAUAUACGAGCAUGAAAGAGAAGAAGACAUGUUACUACACUGGAAGGAAUUCGUCGACGAGGUGGAUCCUGAUGUCAUUAUUGGAUACAACACAGCCAACUUUGAUAUUCCGUACUUGUUGGACAGAGCAAGGACCUUGAAAGUUCUCAAGUUUCCCUAUUUUGGACGAUUGAAAAGUGUCAAGCAAGAAAUUAAGGACGCUGUGUUCAGCUCGAGGGCAUAUGGUACGAGAGAAAAUAAAGUUGUAAACAUCGAUGGUAGAAUGCAAUUGGAUUUGCUCCAAUUCAUUCAAAGAGAGUACAAGUUGAGAUCGUAUACACUUAAUUCUGUAUCCGCGCAUUUUUUAGGGGAGCAGAAGGAAGAUGUUCAACAUUCGAUUAUUACAGAUUUGCAGAAUGGAAAUAAAGAGACACGAAGACGUUUGGCUGUAUACUGUCUCAAAGACGCCUACUUGCCCCUCCGGUUAUUGGAUAAAUUGAUGUGUUUGGUCAAUUACACAGAAAUGGCAAGAGUUACAGGGGUUCCUUUCUCGUACUUACUUUCCAGAGGACAACAAAUUAAAGUUGUGUCUCAAUUGUUUCGAAAAUGCUUACAAGAAGACAUUGUUAUUCCAAACAUGAAAAGUGAGGGCUCGAAUGAAGAAUACGAAGGAGCAACGGUUAUUGAGCCCGAAAGAGGUUAUUACGAUGUUCCAAUUGCAACACUAGAUUUCAGCUCGUUGUACCCAUCGAUUAUGAUGGCUCAUAACUUGUGCUAUACAACACUACUCAAUAGAAAUUCCAUUAAAGCAUUUGGCUUGACAGAGGAAGAUUAUACCAAAACACCGAAUGGGGACUAUUUUGUUCAUGCUAAUAAAAAGAAAGGUAUUUUACCCACAAUCUUGAACGAAUUGUUGACGGCAAGAAAAAAGGCAAAAACGGAUUUGAAAAAUGAAAAAGACCCCUUCAAGAAGGACGUUCUCAAUGGUAGACAGCUUGCGUUGAAAAUAUCUGCAAACUCGGUUUAUGGGUUUACGGGUGCCACUAUUGGUAAAUUGCCCUGUCUUGCAAUAUCAUCUUCAGUGACCGCGUUUGGACGUGAAAUGAUUGAAAAGACCAAGAAUGAAGUCCAGGACUAUUAUUCCAAAAAGAACGGUCACCCGUAUGAUGCACAGGUUAUUUAUGGGGAUACAGAUUCUGUUAUGGUGAAAUUUGGUUAUCAGGAUUUAGAAACCUGUAUGAAGCUUGGGGAAGAAGCUGCUAAUUAUGUGUCAACAAAGUUUAAAAACCCCAUCAAGUUGGAAUUUGAGAAAGUUUAUUUUCCUUAUUUAUUGAUAAACAAGAAAAGAUAUGCGGGGUUGUAUUGGACCAGGCCCGACAAGUUUGAUAAAAUGGACACUAAAGGUAUUGAAACCGUUAGAAGAGACAAUUGUCGGUUAGUACAAAAUGUUAUUACAAAGGUUUUGGAGUUCAUUUUAGAGGAGAGAGAUGUGGAAAAGGCGCAGAGAUUUGUCAAGCAAACAAUUGCUGACUUGUUACAGAAUAGAGUUGAUCUAUCACAAUUGGUGAUCACUAAAGCUUAUUCCAAGCACGAUUAUUCGGCAAAGCAGGCGCACGUGGAAUUGGCGGAGAGAAUGAGAAAAAGAGACCCCGGAUCAGCGCCCACAUUAGGUGAUAGAGUAGCUUACGUGAUAAUCAAGUCUGGUGGUGAUAAAAAUUACGAAAAGUCAGAAGACCCGUUGUAUGUUUUGGAGAAUUCGUUGCCUAUUGAUGUGAAGUACUAUUUGGAGCAACAAAUGACAAAGCCACUAGAAAGAAUUUUUAUUCCAAUUUUGGGGGAAUCCAAGACGAAGGAACUAUUGGCGGGUGCGCAUACGAGAACAAUAAAAAUGUCCGCACCAAAGACGGGUGGUCUUAUGAGAUUUGCUAAGAAAUCCGAGGUAUGUGUCAACUGUAAGACACCACUAAAAUCGGGAAACAGUGGUGCAUUGUGUCACAAUUGUAUUGAUGAGGGCAAAGGUCCUGGUCUAUAUGCUAACGCCCUCUCUCAAAUGAACUACUUGGAAAAUAAGUUUUCUCGAUUAUGGACGGAAUGUCAAAGAUGUCAAGGAUCGUUACACCAAGAAGUACUCUGUUCAAACAAAGAUUGUCCGAUAUUUUACAUGAGAAAGAAAGUUCAAAAGGAUGUUCAUCAACAGGGUUUAGAACUAGUUAAAUGGAAUGAAACGAACUGGUGA